AUGUCCGCCAACCAGCCUGCGCAGGCUGACCCUCCACCGGGACCGGGGGCUAGCGGACCCACGGGGACUAGCGGGGUGGCGCCUCUUGGGCUCGACACCCCAACAACAACCAUCGACGGAUACGAAGUCAAGCCCGACAGUCUCCCAGAAGGGGAGGGGGAGAAGACGAUUGCAUGGCGGGAGGAGAAGCUGGAGAAGCUGGAGGAGCUGGAGCCCACCAUCCCCUCGAGCUCGGACGGCAAGUCGGACGGCAAGCUGGACGCCACUGGCGCCUCACACACCGGACUCAGCGGACAUGGCGGGAAGAGCAGCGAUGGAGACGAGAAGAACCCCGGACAUAGCGGCUUUGUGGCCUUUGGGAAGAAGAUGGGAGAGCUGUUUGGCGUGUUUACGCCCAAAGGGCGGCCGCCGGGGCUCAAGUGGCGCAGUGCGAGUUGGUUCAUCACCGCUGUUGUUGCUGUUGGCGUCACGAUGGAUGUGUUGGCUUAUGCGAUCAUCGUCCCCGUCCUCCCCUACCGUCUGCAAGCCCUCGGCCACACCGGCAUCGCAGGCAAGAUGACCUGGCUGCUCUUUGCCUAUUCCGCCGGCAUCUUCAUCUGCACCUUUCCCGUCGCCUUCUUCUUCCACCGCUACCCUUUCCGCCGGGGCCCGCUCAUUGUCGCCGUGUUGGUGAUGGAAGGCUCGUUCGUCAUGUUCAUGCUAGCCAACCCUUACUGGUGCAUGAUCGUCUCCCGUUUCUUGCAGGGCGCAUGUUCCUGCGUCGUGUGGAGUGUCGGCCUCGCGCUCAUCUGUGAGAACAUCCCGGAGGCCGACAUGGGCAAACAUCUCGGCAUGGCUGUCUCUGGCAUGAGCAUCGGCGCGACUAUUGCCCCACCCAUCGGCGGAGCGCUCUACAAGCACCUCGGGUGGCAUGCGCCGUUCAUCUUCUGCAUCAUCGUGUGCGGCGUCGACCUCGCGGCACGUAUCCUCGUUGUGGAGCGGAAGGAUCUGCCCAAGUGGGGCGUCAAGCUGGACGCGGAGGGAAAUGUCAUCGACUGGGGCCGCGGCGAGGAGACGGCAGAGACCAAGACGACCUUCUCUGGCGACACCAAGGUGGCCCACCCGCCUCCCUCAGAGCCGAUCGGCGCCGAGCCCCACGUCAAGCCCACAGACCCCGAGGACAUCGACGUCAUUGCGAGGGGCGGCGCGCUCGAAACCGCCAUUGCGCGCGAGCAUGUCGAGGAGAACGCGAUGCUGCCCGAGAAACCCGUCGAGCUCGGCCCGAUCCAGGUGCUGAUCACGCUCGCCAAGAUCCCGCGCGGCACUGUCGCGUUCCUCCUCGUGUUCAUCUUUGGCUUCAUCAUUGGCGCGUACGACGCGACGCUCACGCUCCGCGUCGAGCAGGUGUGGAACAAGGAUUCCGACUUUGUCGGACUCAUCUAUCUCGCGGCGGCUGCGCCCGCAUUCUUCUGUGGCCCCAUCUCGGGAUACCUCGCCGACAGGAUUGGGCCCGAGGUCGUCCUGAUUCCGUGCUUGAUUCUCGUCCUGCCCUGGAUGCCCCUCAUGAUCCUCAAGACGAGUCUGCCGGGCUUCAUGGUCUUCUUCGCCGUGCUGAACUGCGUCGCGACCGUGCUCAACGUCAUUGCGUCCAUCGAGAUGGCCAUUGCGUCCAAGUACCGUCCCGGCAUUAGUGAGAUCCACGAGUUUGCAGCCCUCAACCUCGCCUUCGCCGUCAGCAGUGCCAUUGGCGCCAUCGUCGGCGGACAGAUCUACGACGCAGCAAGCAACGGAUGGGCCAUCAUCGACUUUGGUCUUGGCCGUGUUGACCGCGUCGACCACGGACGUCGCGAGGCCAACUACACUGACCUUCCCGCUCGCAUCCCCCGCGGCCAGGGAAGCCGACGUGUUAGCGGCAACGUCAUUCCCGAUGUCUACCCCAUGCCCAUCGCCUCGACUAUGCCUUACGGUCCUGACAUUCCCGACUCUGUCCGCGAGUCGAUGGAGAACCCGUUCGAUGACCCCAAGGAGCUCAACGACGAGCAGAUUGAUGAGCGUAUUCACACGCCGUUGCGGCCGCGGCCCGCUCCCCUCCACUGCUUCCCGCCCAGUGAGAGGGACGCUAUCGCGGAGAAGAGGAGGCUGAAGGCAAUGGGCAAGGAGCCCGAGGCCGACGCCGUCGUCGUCGAGGAGGCGUAA